AUGAGCAAUGCGUUCUCACACGCAUUUCCUUUCGACUCAAUAUGGUCUCUACGAAACAGCAUUGUAUACGGAGACCAUGUCCCACCAAACCCUCCUCAUGGUCACUGGGUGGAUACAUGGACGGCAAUGCCUCAAUUGACCGAACCAGGCAACCUCCCGCCUCCGCCAUACAACGGCACCACCACUAUUUUCUCCAACUCCACCAUUCGUCAAACGAUCCGUACCACGACCCAAGCCACCACAUUCCGUAUCCGCCUAUCCAAUGCCUUCGGCCUCACACCCCUCCCUAUAACGGCCAUGACCGUCGCCCUCCCCCUCGCCCUCGACCGCUCUCAAAACCUCACCGGCUCGCCCUACAUCAACACCACUUCCCUCAUCCCCCUGACCUUCUCCCACGCCUCCAACAUCAUCCUCCCUCCCGGCUCUCUCGCCGUCUCCGAUCCCAUCACCUUCCCGCACUCCCUCCCAGCGAACUCGAUCCUCUCUCUCACCCUCUAUCUCGCGACCGGCCAGUCAGGUGGCGCCAUAACCUCCCACCCCGGCUCUCGCACCGAAUCCUUCCUUUCCCUCGGUGACCUCACUCAUUCCGCAAACCUCACUUCUCCAAGUGCAAUCUCCUUGUUCCACUGGUACUUCAUCUCCGCAGUAGAAGCCUGGUCGCCGCACUCCACUUCCGCUCUCGCAAUCCUAGGCGACUCCAUCACAGACGGUCGCGGCUCAUUCCUCAACGCGAACAAUCGCUGGCCGGACUUGCUCUCUUCUCGUCUGCAAGCUCCCAGCUCAAAGCAGAAAGACAUCGCUAUCCUCAACCAAGCAGCGGGAGGAAACCGCCUUCUCGCUGAUGGUCUUGGACCCUCCGGUCUCGAGCGGAUAGAGCGAGACAUUCUCUCUCACUCGGGCGUCAAGUACGCAUUGGUCUUCCUCGGCGUGAACGAUAUUGGGACUGCCCCUUCCACGACCGCCGCGCAGACCGCUGUAGGCGAUGCGAUUAUCCAUGGAUAUCAACAGGUCAUCACGAGAAUUCACGCGCAUGGCGUUCCGGUUUGGGGUGGGACGAUAACGCCGUUUGGAUGUGCUAAUCAGACGCUGCAGCCGUACUCGACGGGGGAGAGGGAGGUGACUAGGGUGAGGGUCAACAAUUGGAUUCGGGACAGUGUUGGCAAACUCGGAGGUUUCGACGGGCUGAUUGACUUUGAUGAGGUUGUAAGGGAUGGGAAGAAUCAGACGAGACUGCUGGGGAGGUAUGAUAGCGGGGAUUGUUUGCAUUUGAAUCCGGAUGGGUAUGCGGCGAUGGCGAGAGGGUUUCCGUUGGGGCUUUUUGAGCAGUUCAAGGGUGGUGUGGAUGGGUUUGUGUGA